AUGCACCACAAUGACGAUGAGAAUUCAAUUUGCAAAACUGAGACCAAUGAGAGAAGCUCCCCCAAACGCCGCCCCCCCAACCUUGCCCCCGGCCACUGCCAGAGUUUUCUCCAGCAAGACGUGCUCAGGUCAGGCCAGGGUCUGGCCCGCGUCCCGGCGCCGCCGGGUGUGUCACAGGGUGUUACCCCCACCCCCCAGCUUGUCACUUCCCCCGGCUGCGGCCAGCCUGGGCAUGAAGUUCCCGCCCCCAGGCCCUCCGGGGCGGCUGUCGACCUUCCUCUAACCCGCGCCCGGCAGGGCUGCUCGGAAACUGCUGUGUCAGAAUGGUUCGAGGAGCGUGGAGUCACAGCCAGCUUUAAUUCGGGAGGAAUGACUACCGCGGGCCGGCCCGCUAGGACUCGGAGAAGCAGGGUGCGGCGCAGCUGUCGGGAGGGUGCGUCCCUGUCCCCGCCCGACCGCCUCGCCCAACCCUCUGCUCGGCCCUCCGCCCGACCGCCCUCCAAUCCGCCCCAACCCCAAGCCGAGCGGCUCCCUCGAGUCCGUUUCUUGGCGAGGGGGCGGGGGUCGGAGGGGGUCGGCGGGAACAGGGGGGCAGCGCGCAGGCGCAGAAGGCAGCGCGCCGGAGUCUCCAGGUCCCCGCCCCGCCCCCUCUCACGUGCCGCGCAGCGUGCGCCGCGGCAUGUGCGGGUGCACGUGACAGCGCCGCGUCCGGCCCGGGCUCCCUCACCCGACUCGGCUGUACUUUGA